CGCUUCUUCAGCUUAUCGUGGGCAUCUCCAGAAAAUUCUUGGGUUGGCUUAAAUAUUUGCUAUAAAGGUCAUAUUGUGGGCAUAUCGAUAGAACAACUGUUGGAAUUGACAGAUGGUUGAGUCUAACCCAGGAAUGGCAGAGGAAGUCAAGGAGGAUCCCAAAACCAAUGGAGAGUUAAAUACAGUGGAUAUGAAGGAAGUUAAUGGCUCUGGUAAGCCCCCAGAUGUGAAAGAAGAAGUAGUCGUCGCAGAACCCGAGAAGGUUGUUAGUGGCCCGAUUCUAGAGGCUCCAGAAGUUCCACUAUUGGCCUUCCCGAAUGAUGUAGAUCAGACAAGUGAAGCGAAAUACAAGAACGGACACCCAAGUCGUACGCAGAGUCCAAACAGAAGCCGCAAUCGGAACCGAGGAAGAAGCGCCGACUCUCGCGGUAGGGACAGGAAUUCAAAUGAAGAGCGACCUGUUCCGAAGGUGGUUCACAAGAUCGAGUAUCGUCAUGUCUCUUCCAACGCCGUUGUUUUCGAAGAAGAAUCUGAUCGCUUUGCUCCGUCAAAGCCGCCACCGGAGGAGCCAGUGCUCGAGGUCAUCACGAUAGCCUUUACGGCUCAGGACAGGUCUCCGUAUUCAUACAGGCACGAUGUCAUCAAACCACCACCGAUUCAUUCGAUGGGCCAUACAUACGUCCAGGUGAACUCCGCUGCUGUUAUCAAUGCGUUGCGUAACGUAGUGGAGUACUAUCCAGGACAGAAUCUAAUAGGAGACUCUAUCACAAUCUCCGAGCCGUACACUAUUCUAGUCCAUCACGAACAAGAGCUUGCUCAGUAUCGAGAGAUGUUCGCUCCUGGCUCACGAGGUGUUGAUGAUGAGCCAUGUGAAGUGGAGGAAGAUACCUACGAACACCUCGGCAUCGUGCUGGACUUCUUGUCAAAGACUAUGAAAGACAGCAUGGAAAAGGAGAGGGCUCGUCACGCUCGGGACAAGCCCCUGGCCACAUAUGAGAUGCUGUGGACUCUUUACAAACCCGGAACAAAUGUCUACUUUGAUUCACAAAGCGCCGGUAUCUUCGACAGUUUCGUUGUAAAGAAUGUCAGUUGGGAGAUUAACAAUGGAGCCCCCGUUCGAUACAACAUCGGCCUUUGGAACCUGUACUAUGACUCCAUUCAUAUAGGGCCAAGAAAUCAUCAUGCAGUUGUGUUGCCAUUUGAUGGCGAAAAGGAGAUUGGCUCACUGGACAUAUUCCCGUGUGAGUAUCUCAGAGAAGAUCUACAUAAGGAGACAGCCGAGGCAAUGCAAAAGCGAUUAGAAGAGAGAGGUAAAGUAUUCUUCAAGUUGACUUCGAAGCAAUGUAUGUGGUACGAUGGCUUGACCACAACAUUUCCCCGCCAGAAGUUCACCGGUACUGUCAUGGUUGAUGCCGAAUCGUUUUGGGCAUCCCUACAAGAGAAGUCCGGUAGCAAAUCUGGCUCUCCGUCUCCCCCACCACUUAUAAGUGAUGAUGUGGGAGAGCGAACAAUAGGAGGCAUUCCGACGUGCUUCUGCAAAAGAUGCGUCAAGCUCAAUAGCUCGAAAAAGAAGUCCAAAUUCGCAGAUUAUGCACGCAUCAAUCCCAUGACACAGAAGGAACUCACACCACACCAGUAUUGGCUCUGCGAUCGAUCUGUCUGGGGCUUUAUCAUGAAAGUCCGCGCAUGGCACCGUCUCGAUGCUGCCAACUUCUCUGCCGCAAAGUUCGAUACCACACUCAUGAACGACCUCGUUCUCGCAUCUGACACCAAGAAUCUGAUCAAACUACUCUCGAAAAAGUACGCUCGUGAAACACCCGCUCCAGCUGCCGACGCUCCUGAAGCGGACCACUGGGCCGCAGAUUUUGUGCAGGGCAAAGGAGAAGGGAUGAUUUUCUUGCUCCACGGCAAGCCUGGUGUAGGAAAGACGUACACAGCUGAAUGCGUGGCUGAGUACACACGCCGCCCGCUGCUGAGCCUGACUUGCACCGACAUUGGGACGAAUCCUCUUGUCAUUGAGAGUAAGCUGGCGUACUGGUUCAAGCUGGCUAAGCACUGGGGCACGAUUUUGUUGAUUGACGAGGCAGACAUUUACAUGGAGCAUAGAAAGACGCGGGAUUUGGAGAGGAACAAUCUUGUCGCGGGUUUCUUGAGAGCGAUGGAGUACUAUCAAGGAAUCCUUUUCCUGACUACAAAUCGAGUGGGUACUUUCGACGAUGCAUUCAUCAGCCGCAUUCAUGUGAGCAUCCAUUAUCCAGAGUUUAGCGAAGCAGACCGCAAGGAGGUGUGGAUUAGCUUUUUCCGCAAGCUGGAAGCCGAGAAAGGGGAUAAGAUGGUUGUAUGCGACGACGUAAAGACAUAUGUCACCGACGACAAGGACAUGCGAGUUGUGAAGUGGAAUGGGCGAGAAAUUCGGAACGCAUUCCAAACCGCAGUUGCACUCGCUGAAGUGGAAGACGAGAAGGUUUCAGCCGACGACGACCGGGUGGUGCUCAAGAUGAGCCACAUCGAGUCCAUUGUUAAGAUGUCGGCUAAUUUCAAAACGUAUCUGAACACGCUGCAUCAAGGAGACGAAACGAAGCGGGCGGCGAGAGAAGGGUUGCGUGUUGAUGAUUUCGAAGAAGCUGUUGAGAGGGAGAAGAAGGGGUUCGCGCAUUACAUGUGAGGCAAGACUAUGAUGAUACAAAGGGCUACAACAGUAGAAAUGAGCGAGAUGAAGUAUACGCACGGGUCGAUUUUCUGUAUAACGUUGGGAAGUACAUAUAGUAGCACAAUUAAGUGUUUUGAAUGCUGAUUUGCCGG